UGGAAUUAGCCAUCUUAAUUCCUAACCUUUGGAACGUGAAUGAUCUUUUAGUGUAGAACGCUUUUUUAGCGUCGUUUUGAGACUGCAAUAUUUAUCGUUAUGUAUUACAAAGCAACAUGAGUGCUGUUUUAAUAUCGUUCUAAGAUUGUCAUAUAUAUUGUAAAUGACUCCUUAGGGGCUCCCUGGCUAACAUCCUCUACCCUGGCUUUGUCUGGCCCAUGCCCAGGGGGCAGCUUAGCAUACCCCGAUACACAACAGAAACACGGGCUGUGUGUUCCCUCCUGCUGGCACCGGGGCAGCUGGACAGAUGUAGGUGGGACUGUGUUAGCUGCAGCGCAGCCUUGUACUGAAAAGUCCUUCGUUGGUGAGGACAGCAUGGACCCUCCACCACAAGCUCAACUCAGGUGGUUCUCCCCGUGGGUCUUUGAGGUCCUAAUGUCAAUAUCAGACACUACAACGUUUCUCGAUGAGGAAGAUGCUUUGCCCUUACGGUCCUUGGAUACUCUCCAUUGGCACUUGUUUGUCUGUUGACUACAUGGGGAGUUGGUUUCAGCCUUGUCCCCGCCACAGUAUGUUAGAUGAGACCUGGAGAGGCAGCAAGCCUGGGGUGAUCCAUCUUCAUGUCCCCUUCUGUGAUCAGCCUGAGAAAGAAUGAAGCCCUUUCAGGAUGUAAACUGCAAGUUCAUCUCAAAAUUCAGGCAGAGGUAGACUCUUUGCAUGGAAAAUCUGGGUGGAGUUUGGCAAUGCUGAAGUGGCUAAAAGCCCAGUCAUACUGGGAACAGCAGUGGACCACCAUCACCGCCAAGAGGGGCAGGGAGCCACCCAACACCACAUACACUGGUGGGCUGUGGACUGUGGUGAUUUGUGGGGUUAGAUCUAAAAGGUCUGUGGCCAUGAUUUGGUCGUCCUGCCUGUGUGAUGUUUCCACAGCGCUGUGCCACACUCCACAUGGAUUGCUCCAGGGAAGUAACCACGUACUGGUGAGACGCAACGAGUGAGCACUGUAGAUCCUCCUGUCUCUUCCUGGUAACUUAUCUAUCUGCCAGAUGCUUGGGGUGUCAUGGUUCAGGCUGUGAAGCUGUAGAGAGGAGGUGAAGGGGGUACCAGCUUGACUGCAGGUCUGCGCCAGUCUCUGUAUGGCCAAGAUGGCCACUGACCUACAGCUAGGACAACUGCUCCUCCUGAUUUCUGGUCUGUCUGCAAGCCCCAUCUGCUCUCCAGGUUGGCUUUUAGCCUUUGCUGUCGCUGUGGUACCCUCAGUUUGCGGUGAAAAUACAUUACCUGUGGGGUUUUAUUCUCUCUUCUUACCUUGUCCUCAUUUGUCACUGGUUUAUUGUAUGCUGGUCCCUCAAGAGUCCAAUGAGGAGCAUCAGCUCUGCCAUAGCUUGUUGCAGGGAAAGCAGCAGUGAUGCUCGAUGGGGAAAAAUAAAUCCAGCACAGGAACAGAGGACCUUAUGAGUCAACAGGCAGGGGACAGAAAGGCCAUCGUGGUGCCUGGAAAGACAUUGCAGCCUAGGCUGCCAUCAUCGCUGGAUGGGGAGGUGGCCAUGCAUAUAUCAUGGUUGUUUUCAUCCUGUGAGAUUGUGGGGGAAGCAGUGGUGGGAAGAGGUGGAUUUUGGUCAAGUGAGAAGGCUUCCCAGCCAAGCUGCUGUGAGCCAGAACUUGAGGUUUGUAUCUGGCAUGGGUUUUCCCCAUGCAAGCAGCUGUCUACCAGGAGAGAAGGUACAUUCUGGCUUACUCCAGGGAUGAGAUGGUCCUUGGAGGGCAUCGUCUGAGGUCCCUUCUGGAUGUUAUCUGUGAAAAACAUACCUGGAGUACAUACUACCUGUGCAUACAUUUUUUUUGUUAAUAUAACACUACCCACUUGAAAAGCUUCAAAUGCUUUCUAAGUGCUAACGAAGGAAGUUCCAGCCAACCCCACUAGGAAUUGCUGCACAUUGUCCUCAUUUCUCAGAUUAGGAAACUGAGGAACCAAACGGUGGUGAUUAGUCUUCUGGUCAGACGCACAUGAGCCUGGAUGGAUCUGUACUGCCUUGAUUCCUCAUUUAGGUAACAAAGAUGAUACGUGCCUUCCUUCUCUCUCCCACAUGGAUCGUUUCAGGCUAUGGGCAGGAAGGGAUGUUCUCCAAACAUGUAUUUGUGCAGCACAUCGCACUGGGGGGACCUGCUGUGGCAGCUGGGAGCAGAGAUGGAUAAGAUACUGGAAGCUGUGGUGAUGUCCUCAUACCCCAACAAUGUGAAGCAAGGGCUUGUGAGGCGUGUCAUUGAGGCAGCAAAGCAGCCCAUGGACAGUGAGCAGUGCUGGUCCAUGCUGGAGCUGUCUACCAAGCUUUAUCUCACAGGGGACACCAAGUAUAAAAGAGAGAUCGGGAAAGAGGUUUUGGAGGUCUAUGGCCACUACCACCCAGAGGAGUUUGAGGAGUUCUUCAACGUCCGCUUCCUGCUGAGUCUCCUCCAGGAAGGCUAUGGACCUCUGGGGAAGAGAAGCCAUUACGUACUUGAUUAUAUCCAGUUAGGACUGCAGUUUGUCUUGGAAAGCCCAUCAGCAAACAGCAUCUUCAGCUUAUUGAGGAUCGAGGUGCUCCGGAAAGUCUGUGAGAGGCCCAGCCCCAAGCAGUGUGCGAAGAUCAGCAAACUCUUAACCCAGCAUCCUCAGUGCAUCCCCACCGGCAAACACCAGGUCUUGUUUUGCCAGCAGCUGAUCCGGUGCAUCGGGCAGUUCCAGUGCAUCUCCGAGGGAGAAGAGGACAUCAUGCAGUUUUUGGAGCAGGUGAACAAAGUGAGCAGUUUGCUGCAGAGGAUCUGGAGGACUCAGACCUCAGCCAUCCUGCCUUCUUUGAAGGAGCUGUUCACUAUCAUUUCUUCAACAGAGGAGCAGGAAGCACCAUCCAAUGCCUUGGCCAGCGUGGUCCAGUUUGUCCCUCUGGAGCUCAUGGAUGGCGUCAUAAGAAACCUAACCAACGAUGACAGCAUCACCGAUGUGCAAAUGAUGACGGCUAUUGGCAGGAUGAUUGACUGGGUGUCCUGGCCCCUGGGAAAGAACAUAGACAAGUGGAUCAUUGCCCUGCUGAAGGGUUUGGCUGCGGUGAAAAAGUUUAGCAUCUUGAUUGAGGUUACUCUUUUGAAAAUUGAAAAGGUCUUCUCCAAGCUGCUGUACCCUGUCGUGAGAGAGGGGGCUUUGUCUGUCCUGCAGUAUAUGCUGCUGAGCUUCCAGCACUCGCACGAGGCAUUUCACUUGCUGCUUCCUCACAUCCCCAGGCUGGUGGCCUCUCUGAAGAAGGAAGACUCCAACUCUGCCACCAGCUCCCUGGAGCAGCUGGCUGAGCUCAUCCACUGCAUGUUCUUCCGCUUCUCAGGAUUUCCAGAUCUCUACGAACCAGUCCUAGAAGCAGUUAAAGCUCUUCCUAUUCCAAAUGAAGACCGGAUUAAACAUCUCUUGGGGCAAAAUGCCUGGACCUCCCAGAAGAACGAGCUGGCCUGCUUCUACCCACGCCUGGCAUCCAAAUCAGAGACGGGAAAGAUCGGGUUAAUUAACUUGGGAAACACCUGCUACAUGAACAGCAUCAUACAGUCUCUUUUCAUGGCUUCGGACUUUCGACAUUCAGUGUUGAAUUUAACCGAGGGCAACUCCCAGCCCCUGAUGACAAAGCUCCAGUGGCUCUUUGCGUUUUUGGAGCACAGUCAGCGACCUGCCAUCUCACCCGAGAGUUUCCUCUCUGCCUCCUGGCCACCCUGGUUCACCCCUGGUGCUCAGCAGGACUGCUCGGAGUAUCUCAAGUACUUGCUGGACCGGUUACACGAAGAAGAAAAAACUGGGAAAAGGAUCUACCAGAAGCUCAAGGAAUCCAGCUUGAUGUCUCAGGCAGUAGAGCAUCAUUACUUAAACAAGACAUUGAUUGAGAAGAUGUUUGGGGGUAAAAUGAUGACAAAGAUCCGCUGUUUGAAGUGUCUGAAUGUCUCUUCCCGAGAAGAAGCCUUCACAGACCUGUCCCUGGCUUUUCCUCCAUCGGACAGGCACGUGCGUGGGAGCACAUCUGUUUUACCAGUGGAAGAAAUUGGCCCACAAUUUAUUGAGCCUCCUGAAAACCCAAGCCAGCUUACCGGGUCUCUCUGGAUCCGGAGGAAGGCUCCCAUGGCUGGAGAACCUGCAGCCCCACCGAUGCCAGUGGAAACAUUGGGUUUCCAGGAGCCAGGAGAAGCAGCAAAUCCCUUAAGUGGCAAUGCCGUUGGUGUGGAUGCAGCCAAAGACCCUCUCUCAGCUUUUGGGGAGCAGGCAUGUACUCCCAAGGACUCCAGGUCCGUCCCAGAUUUAAUCAACUAUUUUCUAUCCCCGGAGAGAUUGACAGCGGAGAAUAAAUACCACUGUGAGAAAUGCGCGUCCUUGCAGGAUGCCGAGAAGGUGGCGGAGCUGACGGAGGGUCCGCACUACCUCAUCCUCACGCUGCUGCGGUUCUCCUUCGACCCACGGACUAUGAAGAGGAAGAAGAUCUUGGACAAUGUCUCCAUCCCUGUGGUGCUCAAGCUGCCCAUCCUUGUCACCCCGGAGGAAACUGAGGAGGUUUGCCAGCGUGAGAAGGCCACGGCCACUGCGGGAAGCGGCUUCAUGUCUGUGGUGUAUGACCUCUGCAGUGUGGUGGUGCAUUCGGGCAUCUCCUCCGAGAGCGGCCACUAUUACUGCUACUCCAGGGAGUGCACCGACACCAUCCCUCAGGGGCAGCCCCGGGACGGGGCACCGAAACUGGCCUCCGACAAGCAGUUGGACUUUGAAAUCCAGUGGUACCUCUUCAAUGACACCAGAGUUUCCUUCUCCUCCUUUGAAUCGGUCAGCAACAUCACCUCUUUCUUCCCCAAGGACACUGCCUACGUCCUCUUCUACAGACAGCGGCCGGGCAGGCAGAGCUGCCUGAUGCAUGAGGCUCUGGCCGAGGCCGGCCGCCUGCACGGUGAACCCUCCCUCCAUAAGGACUUGAUGGAAGCCAUUUCCAAAGAUAACAUCCUCUACUUGCAGGAGCAGGAAAAGGAAGCGAGGAACAGAGCCGCCUACAUCUCUGCCUUGCCGAAAUCCCCGCUGUGGUGGAGAGACUUUGACAGGGACAAGGAUGAUGACAACUCAUCAGGGGGCUGCAGCCCAGCAGCAGGCGGGGGUGGAUCCGGCUCCUUUCAUGGACUCGUCUUCUAGCCAACGGGUUAAACCAGAUAGUCGAUGUCCACAGGGCCAACCUGAAGCCAGAGGCUCCUCUUCCUCACUGAUGACAAUGAACAUCUUGGAGGAGGAUUUGGGGAACAUUUCAGUGGAAAAGGGCUCAGGGGCUGAUUUGGAGGUGCCCGGAGGGUCCCACCGCUUCCUAUGCACUUGGUCUUCACGCCUUAAUGUAACUAAGCUAAUGCGGAGAUGAGCAGCUGCUGACAGCUCAGAGAAGUGCCCUUUUGCUUCAGCGCAGCCAUGUCUUGCCUGCUGUGAGCCACACCACCAGCCUGGGGAGGGGAUGAGGACUAAGAUGGGGAUGAAGAUGGACCCAGUGGGACCCCAGGGAUGGAGACAUCCCAUGCAUGUCCUGUCUGCAGCCCUUCCCUUAGCACUGAGUUGGUUUUGCAGGGAUUUCUGCUUGGUGGUUGGGGUUUUUUUGUGUGUGUGUGGUUUUUUUUUAAUGUGGUUUUGAGAACCCACCUUGACAUACCUCUAAGUAGAAGAAGGCUGAAAAGGCUGAAAAAUGCCAAGCAGCCAACAUGGCAACACUUACCGGGUGGGUCAGCGAGCUUGCAAGCCUGCUUGGUCACAAGCUUGGUCACAGCUGGUGGAGCAGAGGGGUUUUAUGUAGCAUUGCAAAGCACCUGAAAGAAACUGAGGGGCACAAACCCCUCCAGCCAAGAUGGACUGACCUGGUCUAGUUGGGUUUUAUUGGGCUCCAGUGAGGCCCCGCUGUGUUACUGGUGGUCACCAGUGUGGAUGCUGUUUGUGCACGUGGCCAGCCCAGACAGAGCUGUUUUUCCAGACAUGUCUUUAGGACUUGGUUAGCCUCCUGCUGCUGCUGUCACCUCAUGGAUUUCUGGGCUGGAUCUGCCCUUUGAAACUUGGGCUUUCCUUUGGGAUACCUUGAACUGAGCAGCAAACGACAGAGCCUCCCUAAACCCACUAGCUAUUUCAUUUUUUUAAAUGCUGAUUUGCAAGGACAGUAGCCCAACCAGAUAUAUCAACUCAGUAUAAAUACAUACUAUGUAAACCAAUGUAUUAUGUAAACCAUUAAUGGGACAGGGGCUGAUUUUGGUGGCAGGUGGCCCACCUAAGCCCUGGGCGGCGUGUCUACAGGACUAUGGCUCCCUCCCAUGUCCCUCCCCAGCUGCUGUCCCUGCCUGCUCCUCCCUCACGCCUGUAGUAGAGAUUUCUCUAGCUCAAGUGGCAGAGACUUGUGCCUUAGGUCCUGGGCGCAGGGCCUAAUCCUGACCGUGGGGUACUGGGGUGGGAAUAUUGUAUUGCUGUGGAGGAAAAAGCAAAGCACAGACGUUGUUAUGGAUAAUGCGAGCAGAAAGUCUGCUAGAGAGGACACUUGGGAUCAAAUCUCUGGUGUAUACUAUCAUAUUCUUUUAUUGCCUUUCCUAUAUAUAAAUAAAGGAGAUGAAUUAAUUCAA